UUUUCGAUGAACAACUAGGUCGAGAACUGAACUGUUCCAGAUGGGAGACAUUUGAGAACCGAGAUUUGACUGCACAGGGCUUUUACCUCCUUGGUUACAUUUAUUCCUAGCAUGUAAACAGCACAAGAACAAAGGCUCUGCCGGUUCCGUUAAUCUCUGCAGCCCAGAGCAGACCAGGCAUUGAGAAGGACUGAGCUCAGCCCCUUGAGGAGUGAGGCAGUGAGAUGGCGGACUGCUACACAGAGCAAGAGAAGGCGGUUGCAGUUCUGGUGGAAAACUUCUACAAAUAUGUGUCUAAGUACAGCCUGGUCAAGAACAAGAUCAGCAAGAGCAGCUUCCGAAAGAUGCUUCAGCAAGAGCUCAACCACAUGCUGAUGGACACGGGCAACCGAAAGGCUGCUGACAAGCUCAUCCGGGACUUGGACGCCAACCACGAUGGACGCAUCAGCUUUGACGAGUACUGGACCUUGAUAGGAGGCAUCACCAGCCCCAUCGCCAACCUCAUCCAUGAGCAGGAGCAGCAGAGCAGCAGCUAAAGUACCCCCAUCGUCCCCUCAUGGCACUGCCCCAAUGCCCGGCCCCUCAUGCUCUUCUCAGCCUCCUGCCCACCCAGGCUCUGUCCUCACUUCUCCCUCGAGACCUUCUGUUAAUCAUUGCUGAACAGGGGGAGGGGGUGAUAUCAGGGUCUCUUUAUGAACAUCUCACUCUGGGG